GUUGUGCUGUGAAGAAGCGUGAAACGCUGUGUUGUGUGUUAUAUCCACAUCAAAUGUGAAAUAAUAUUUGAAGAGUUCGUGAGUUUGUAAAUAAUUAAGAUGAUUAAAGAUUUCGUCAUCCCCUUAAACAAAGAUGAACUUUUGCAAAAUCAACCCGGGCAAUAUUUUGUUCAAAACGUAUAUUCAAUACGAUUGCUACCACAGGUUCUUGAUGAAGCCCGAUCUGCACUCCAAACGAAUGGAGUGAACUUUAUUCUGGAGCAUUUCGAUGCAUUUUUCUCUGUACUUGUUCAUGGUAAAAAAAUUGAACUUCCGAUUACUUUACGUGCCUUUACAAGACUCCAAAAAGCUAUUGAAACAUUGGUAAUCGACAUGGAAAAUACGGCUGAAUUGGGGACCGAAAUACAAGAAGAAGAAAAAUUCAGACUAGUGAACAUUUGUAAAAUGCUCGCAUACUUAUUUUCCUCGUAUAUUUCAUAUAUAAAUGAUGAAAUUAUUAAAGACAUGCCUGAUCAAUACACAGGCAAGCGUAAGAAACCGCCUAAGUCAGACGUGGAAGAAGAAUGGGAUUACAUGAAAGAAAAAUCAUUGGAAUACAUCUAUAGGUUAUUGCAAUCACCAUUGCAAAAACUUUGGCAACCUACUAUAGUUGAAGAUUCGUUCGUUACGUUGUUUACGAAAGUGUGUUAUAAACUGCUGGAACAAUGUACACAUCCAACGCAGAAAAGUAUCAGACAAACUAUUUUUGAGAUUUUAGGUACAUCAGUUAAGAAAUAUAAUCAUGGUAUAAGCUGUGUUGUAAGGAUUAUUCAGUUAGUACAAGUAAACGAUGUCUUACCAGCCUGCAUAGCCACUGGAGUCAUCCAUAUGAUCAAUAACUGUGGUUGCACUGGUUUGAUAAAAGAAAUAAUGAAAGAAAUUGAUCAACGCGAACCAUCUGAAGUCGACAGUCGUAAUUUAUCAAUAUUUCUAGAAACUAUUGCUGCUUCUAAUCCAGAUCUUAUAAUUCCUUAUCUCGACGACAUAAUGGACUAUCUGAGUAGUGAACAUUAUAGUAUGAGAAAUUGUACUAUCUGUAUUAUACGAGAAAUUGUGCAGAAAGCGUUGACUGGGGACAAUCUUACGCAAGAACAAAAAGAUAAACGCGACGAAUGCUUGAAUAAUUUGGAAGAGCAUAUUUUAGAUAAUCAUGCUUUUGUCAGGUCAAAAGUGUUGCAGGUUUGGCAAAGCUUAUGUUGUGAGGGAGCUAUUCCAGUAUCGAGGCAAGGGAGACUGUUAGCUCACACAGUAUUGCGUUUAGAAGAUAAAAGCGCAAUUGUACGGAAACAAGCAUUGCAAUUAAUACGCGCUUUACUCCAGGGUAAUCCUUUUGCAGCAAAGUUGAACAAAGUAGAAAUUUCCAAAUCACUGGAAAAGGAAGAGAUAAAGCUGAGAAAACUGCAAACUCAACAUGUCAGCAGAAGUGCCCGUGGCGACAACGAAAGACUCGAGAUGUGGAAUGCUUCGCUUCCACAAAUAAGAGACGCAUUAAAGGAGAUCGUUAAAGAUGGAGAGCAGAAACAAAACGAUGAAAAUGAAAAUGAGGAAGAGGAAGAAAAUAUUGAUCCUGAUGCGAUGUUCGAGCAUGUAAGGCAGUUACUAUUAAAAGGGAAGGUCCUUCAAGCAGUGAAGAGUUUGUGGAAAACCUGUGUAAAAUUGAAGCAAAGUCCCGAUAUGGAAAACUUCACUCCCGAAGCAAAAGAAGAAUUCUUAUUUUUACUUUUAUUGAAGACCUUUAUGGAAUCAGAGAACUUGAAUAAUAACAAAGAACAGUCAGAACAAGAAAAAGAGAAACAAGAAAAAGAGAGACAAGAAAUAGCAGCAGGAAAGCAACUUGUAAAUUAUUUAAAAGAUUGCUUGAAGUUCGCAACAGAGUUAGAGGCUGCUAUACCUGUGGCAGAAAAACUACUUUUCUCUACCACAGCGGGCGACGCUGUUGAAGCAUGCAGUUUGCUAGGAGCUGCUUACGAAUUCGGUGUAACUGGAGCAGCAGACAGUAUACGCGAGGCUUUAUUUCAAGUCUUUCAUCGCGAUGAAUCGGUACGGAGUAAUAUAGCAAUCGUAUACAAAAACCUUUAUUUAAAUAAAAAUGUAGGACAAAAAUCUGACCGACAAAGGGCGCUCACUUGUGUUAAAGCAUUAAUCGAAUUAGUGAAAGGGCUGCAACCAGGUCAAAGUAAAGCUCUAACUGAACUUGUUUUAAAGUGGCACGAUAAUGACGACAUCAACAGCGAAGUAGUACAGGUCUUGUGGGAGAUAUUUUCAAUGAAAUCACCGGACACGGAGCCAUUAGAUAGCAGAUCCGCUUUAAUACUGAUAACGAUGAUAGCUCAAGCGCAAGAUAGCAUCAUAACUGGGAAUUUUGAUGUGUUAAUAAAAGUUGGACUCGGUCCACGAGCCAAAACAGAUCUUUUACUAGCCAGAGACACGUGUAGAGCAUUUUGUGCUAUAAAACAUAAAAGCGAUGAUAUACAGAAAACUCCUUUAAGGCAUCCCAACGACCAUGAAAUGUUUAAGGAAAUUCUUACACUGCUGAUAGAAAACUUCGCUAAUACAGAACAAGAUGGAUAUAUUUCAUUUGCAACUCAUGCAAUUAAUGCUGUUUACCACUUAGCAAAUCAGCCCGAUCGUUUAAUGAAACAAUACUUGUUGGAAAUCAGUACUCGAGGAAAAUUUAUUAACGACGAUAGUUCUGAAAAUACUGUUUCAUUGUUUUUGCUAUCUAAGCUUCUGUAUGUAGUUGGUCACAUUGCCAUCCAGCAAAUGGUACACUUAGAUACGUCUAUUUAUAAAGAAUUAAAACGAAGGGAUAUGAUACGAUCACAAAAGAAGAAUAAAAGUUUGAAUAAGAACGAGAAGAAAAAUACACGUAAAUCCAUGGCUACGCCAAGUAGUGCAAGACAAAUAAUUCGUAAUAGAGAAGCAAGCAUCAUCGAAGACAAUGGAGAAGAGGCUGUGGAAGGAGCAGCAGAGGAUGCAGACGCAGAAUUUAUAGACGAUAUUCUCGAGAAUUAUGUCGUGACUGGCGAAGGACUAUUAGCGACAUUUGUCCCAUUAGUAUUAGAAGUUUGCCAGCACUCCGAUAAGUAUAACAAUGAAGAUGUACAGGCUGCUGGAGCUCUUGCCCUUGGAAAGAUGAUGACUGUCAGUUCAAUCUUUUGCGAGGAGUCUUUACAACUUUUAAUUACGAUAUUAGAGCGUUCACCAUAUCCAAAAAUUCGGGCCACUGUCCUCACUGGGAUAUCUGAUCUUACAAGCAGAUUCCCAAAUUUAAUCGAACCAUGGAUGAAACACGUUUACGGCAGACUUCGAGAUAGAGACACGAAUGUGAGAAGCACUUGUGUUCGAGUUUUAUCGAAUCUCAUUAUUAGGGAAAUGGUACGCGUUAGAGGCCAAAUAUCAGAAUUAGCUCUCUGCAUUAUUGAUAAGGAUCCAGAGAUUCAGCAAGACGCGAGACAAUUUUUCACAACACUUUCGCAAAAAGGCAAUGCUUUGUACAACGUGAUGCCUGAUAUAUUGUCUCGAUUAACCGAUCCUAAUUUAGAUAUAUGCCAGUCCGAUUUUCAGGAAAUUGUUAAGCACAUACUAAGUUUAUUGCAGAAGGAAACACAAAUUGAUGCCAUAAUUAAUAAAAUUUGCGCCAGAUUUAAGCUGGCUACUUCCGAAAGACAGUGGUGCGAUUUUGCUUAUUGCCUUUCGCUUCUCCAAUUCAGCCCGAAAAGUGUGCGUUGCCUCAUUGAAAGUUUGCCUCAACUGAAAGAGAAACUUCAUAAUAAGCAAGUUCUAAAAGCGUUACAAUCUAUCGUCGAGCAGACGAAGAAGAAACCAAACACGAAACUGGUCUGUAUAGAGUUGGAAGAGAAAAUAGAAGAUAUUCUCAAGGGUUCAACGGAUGAUGCAAAGGAAUGCGAUGAUAGAGAGAUAAUGCCACCGCCGCCGGUACCAAAAUCGCGAAGACGUACUAGGCGCAGGAAACAAAAAAAUAGCAGCGACGAAGAAGAUGAUAUUGAAGAUAAUGAGAUAGAUCCAACACCCACGAGAAAACCGAAAGAACUUAGAGAGUCUCGUGGACGUAAAUCGAGUUCUAGCUCAGAUUCUGACUCUGAGGUAUUUAUGACAACUCCGCGAAAGGAAGUUACUACAUCUGCAUCAACGUUAAAAAAAGGUCGGAAGAAGCGUAUCGAUUCAUCUAAUCCAUCACCGUCACCAUUAAAAAAGAGAAAUAGACAUAGUACACCGCGAAACAGAAAGAACUAAGUGUACUUGGAUUUUCGGUGCGAUUAUCUCAUUUGUAUAAGUCAAGCAAUGAAAUUUGUAAAUUAUAUGUUUUUUAAUGAGAACUUAUGGCCGGGAAUUAAAUAGGAUGAUCAAGAAAUAUAUCUUCUGACUUGACAGUGGAGGAAGUAGAAAGGAAGGAAUACUUGGUCUGGUUAUCUUCGAUAUUACAC